GAUUAACCCAAAGCGUUCACUAUAAACAGUUGGUUUGAACAACUGUAGUUCAUUUCGACAUCACAUUCCAACAUCCAAGCAGCAUCAUCUUUGUAGUCCGAUUCAGUUUAAUGUAAAUUGCCAUCAUCCGCCUGUCAGCAUCAGGCUGACGGCUACAUGCCAAUGCGUUACGUUGCCGCUUACCUGCUCGCAGCCCUAGCUGGCAAUGAGGCUCCUCAGGCAAAGGACAUCCAGAAAAUCCUAGAAAGCGUUGGCAUUGAAGCUGAUGACACCCGAAUGCAGAAGGUAAUCUCUGAGCUUGAUGGUAAAAGCAUCGACGAGGUCAUUGCUCAAGGUAAUGGCAAGUUGGCCAGCAUGCCAGCAGCUGGUGCAGUAGCAGCGGUAGCCACCUCUGCUGCGGUUGUCGCUGGAGGAGCAGCAGCCCCGGCUGCAGCUGAAGAGAAGAAGGAAGAGCAGAAAGACUCUGAUGAGGGGUCUGAUGAUGACAUGGGAUUCGGCUUGUUUGACUAAACUUGUUAACCUCAGAAAUAAAAUUUGUAUAAAAUAC